AGCAUACGUUUAGCUCAUAACUGAAGCUCACUUCUUUUAUUUAUCACACAUCGUUGCAUUGGAACAAUAAUUAGUAAUUAAUUAACUUUUAGUAAUGGCAAACUGUGUUUUGGAUCUAUAUCAAAAACAACGUUUAGUGGCUGGAAAACGUUAUUGCGUACACUUGCCAGGAUGUAGAGGAUGCUUUGUCAUGGCCAUGCAACUCUAAAUAAACUACACAUCUAGGAGUGCAUCGACAUGGUGCGUAUGAUUGUGCUGGGUAAAUGAUUUGUUGUGUCUUACUCUUCAGGUGCUCCCAGGGCUCUUUUGAGGUCCUCUGUCAUUGCAGUGAAUUCAGGAGAAACGUUGCAGCUGAUUUGCGCUACAAGUAGCCCCGCCAACUUCAAUACAUACAGCUGGAAUUUUCCCACUUCGAUCGAAUCUCUAGCAAGCGAUGAGAACAACAGACGAGUACUUACCAUUACUAAUGUAACAGUUCGGCACGAAGGAGACUAUCGUUGCAAGGUUAAGAACUCAAAAGGAUAUGCAGAGCUCAACUUUAGCGUUGCCGUUCAAGGAGUCCCGGUUAUUGUAGCGUCUGUUGAGGUUGUGUCUGUCAGUGUUGGCGAGGACGUGAAUUUACCUUGUCACGUGUUUGGUCAUCCACUAAUUAUACAAUGGUUCAAAAAGGAAAAGAAGUUGGCAAUGAGUCUUCGCCAUGAGAUGACAAGCAAUGGUACCUUGACGAUUUCGCGGACAACAACGUCAGAUUCUGGAAUGUAUUUGUGUAUGGCGUCCAAUUCACUUGGAAAUGAUACUAAAAGAACACAACUUAUUGUUAAGAGUGUGACAUCUUUUGUGAAAUUCGUCAAGGUUCGUUUAGGGAACCCCGCCUUCCUCGAUUGUCAGCCAUCUGAUCGGUUGACACAACCUAUUUCUAACGUCACCUGGUGGAGUGGUACUACAUUGAUUCCAGAGCAAUCAAAGACGUUCUCUGUGUUGGAGAACGGAACUCUGGCAAUUAUGGCAGCCGAAUACUUUCUUAGAGGAUUGUACUCGUGUUCUGUGGGAGAAACGACAACUAGACACAAUGUAAACUACUUUUUGAACGUCUUGGAGCCACCGACUAUUCUUGAUUACGGAUUUCAUCCAAUUACAGCGGCUGAAGGAGAGGAACUGCUCAUUGAUUGUACUGCUACAGGAUUUCCUCCUCCAAGUUACGGUUGGUCUAUUAAUUCAAUCCCAUUGUCAGAAAUCGGUCGAGGCCGAAUCUCUGUAACCACGUCUGGUUCUCUUUUCAUUAAAAAUGUCUCUAAGAAUGACGAGGGCAACUACACAUGCACUGCCAUCAACGCACUAGGAUCCGACACUCAAUCAUUUAGUGUUAUCGUAGAAGGACCUCCGUUCUUUUAUGUCAAGAAAAGUUCGACACGAAAAUUAGCGCGAGGAAUAUUGGGAUCUGCUCUCACUUUGGCCUGUCCAAUUCGGGGUUAUCCGGUGCCGGGCUUUAUCUGGCUUUUUGAUCGCAGACGGGUAGCGCCGUCUGAUCGUAUUUUACUUGAUGUAAGUGGGUCGCUAGAUAUUAGCAAGCUGGAGGAGUCAGACGAGGGAUCUUACAUUUGCAAAGCCACCAACACAUAUGGACAGAAAGAAUUUGAAUUCGAACUUGUGGUUGAAAUGCCACCGAAAGCUUUGAAUAGCCGUUUGGAAGUGCGAGGCGUGAAAGGCCAGCCUUUAACUCUCGACUGCACCGUGUUGGCGGUUCCGGUACCCGAGGUCACGUGGUUUAAGCUUGGGGAGAGGGGCAAGACUUCUCUCUCACCUCCCAAUAAAACUUUUCGAAUUCGUUCCUUGCAACUGGAUGACGCCGGCGGUUAUGAGUGCACAGCCAGCAACUAUCUUGGCUCGGUAACAGUAAACGUUCAGGUUCUGGUUGCAGGUUAG